AUGAAAAAUUUAAAUAAUUCUCAAAAUGAUUAUGGAAAAGAAGAAUUAAAGAAUGGAGAACACCAAGAUACUAAAAAAGAAAAGAAAACUCAAGGGGAUAAGAUUGCUGAGGAAGAUACAAAUGAAGAACCAGUCACUUGUCCAAUAUGUAAUAAAGUAUUUGAAACAGCUCAUAAUUGGACUGUUCAUGUUCGGCAACAUAGUAAUAGUGACAACAGCCAUUGUUGUCCUCUUUGUGGUAAAGUUUUGAGUUCUUCUAGUUCUUUGGAUCGGCAUAUGCUUGUUCAUUCUGGAAAAAGACCUUUUAAAUGCAGAUAUUGUGAGAUGGCUUUCACAACUAAUGGAAAUAUGCACAGGCAUAUGCGUACUCAUAGUGAAAAUGAUGAUCCCAAUGAAAGCACAAAGAUAAUUAAGGAACCAAAAUUGAAAAGAAAAUAUAACUCCAAUGAUUCCAUUCCAAUUUUAGCAAAAAAAUGUCAUACUGAAGAAAUUAAUGAAGAUCAAGAAAAAUUAUAUUGCCCUGUUUGUGGUAAAACAUUUCUAUGCAGUUAUGGUCUUCAGACUCAUAUGGACACACAUCCCAAUGAUCCUAUUCAAUGCCAAGAGUGUGGUGACAUAUCAAGUAAUUACAAUAUCUAUAGGAAACAUAAGUGCUGUGCUAUACAUGAAAAGAAGGAAGAUACAAAGCCUAAAAUGAAUAAUAAUAUAGUACCUGUAGGCUUUCAAGAUCUUACAUUUAUUGAUUUUUCUACAAAAAAAUUUUCCUUAAUUGCAAAAUCCUUCUGUGAACAUAACAGACGACGUCCAAGUAGUGCCUUUCAUACAUUUGAAUGUUUAAAAUGCAAAAAAGCUUUUCCCUGUGGUAGUGCAUUAAAUCUUCAUGGAAUUAUGCAUAGAAAAGCAUCUGGAACAUAUUGUCCAAGCUGCAACUGUGAUUUUUUAACUCCUGCUUCUUUUCAAGUUCACCAACUGAAACAUAGAUCUGCAGAACAUUGUUCUGCAGAAGAUAAUGGAAAAAAAGAAGCAACUGAUGUUGAAUCUAAAGAUGAAAGAAAACAAUCUGAAAAAGAAGAUUUCUUGGCCUUAUUAGAAUUACAAAGUGAAGCCCAUAAUUUAAAAUAUUCUUUAACAGAACAAAUAUACCAAGAAAAAGAAGAUACAUUUGAAAGCAUAUCUUACUUUACUCAUGGAAAAGUAGAACCUUCAUUACAAAAAAUGAAUGUGAAAAAUACCAAUGGUGAUUUUGCUGAUGUACAAGAAAUAAUAACCGUUACUGCUAAAUCUUCCUUUUUAAGUGAUAUUCAAACAACACCUGUUGCUGUUUCUCCUGCUUCACCAAAUCAGAACUUGGUUUCUGUUUUACCAGAAUCUCCUUUAGUAGCUGAUUCUGCAAGUCCUGAUACUCCGUCCAAAGAAGAAUGUGACCAUCCGUCAUCAGUUAAAGCUGUUAUUUGUGAGGGUUCAGCUUCUAUGUCAAAUAUUAAUUCUGUUGAAAGUUUUUCUUGUUCAUUUUGCAAGCAAUCAUUCAAAAAUUCUAAAGGUCUUAAACGUCAUAAUAGAUUACAUAAGCAAAACGGUUCUACUUUUACAUGCCAUUUAUGUCCUUAUAAUAGUGUUGAUAAAAGUACUUUAAUUAGACAUUUGCGAACACAUAAUGGUGAAAGACCAUUUCAAUGUGCAAUUUGUAAAUUUGCUUUUACAACUAAAGCUAACUGUGAACGACAUGUUAGAAAAAGACAUAAGAAAAUAACAAAACAAGAAAUUCGUAACUCUAUGGAAUAUAAUCCCAAUAUGUCUGAAGUAAACUCACCUGAAAUUCUAAUGCCAGAAGUAUGUGGUUCUGCAGAAACUGUAUGUAAAUAUUGCAAUGUUAAUUUUAAGUUUAAUCGUGUUUUGCGUCAUCAUUUACGUUCACUUAAUAACAGUUGCAGUAGAAAACCAUUUUUUUGUAAUAUAUGUAAACUUGGCUUUUCUACUAAAAAUAAUUGUAUAAGGCAUGUUCUAAGACAACAUCAAGAAAUGAGACAAAAUUUAAAUUCUGUUGUUAUGGCAAAUGUACAAAAUGAAACAGCACAGCAUGAUUCACUUCAGUUUUCUGAUGAACAUUCACAAAAUGAAAUAUUUGGCUCAACUUCUGAACCUUUAAAUUUAACUACAAAAUGUUUGCCAAUAUUGAAUGAAACCAUUGAAACAACCAAAGAUGAUAACAUAAGCAUGGAAGAUGUUGUAAGUGCUGCAACUAGUCUAGUAAAUUUAUCACAACUUUGUCCACCUCAAGAAAAGCCACUGGAUUUAGCAGUACAUGCUUUGGAUUUAAGAACACAUUCCAGGGAAAGUUUAGAAAAGUCAUCAAGGCCAGUUAGCAUUUAUAGUUUAAGUGAAGAUCUAAAUUUUAAUUCAUCACCACCUUCUUCAUAUUUUGAAUCACCAACUACCCAGUUAAUUUCAGAGAAAGUUUUUCCAUCUGUGUCAAAUGAUUUGCAACCUUUAUGUUUAGUUUCAAAUACUAUUUGUAAUGCUGAAAGUCCAAUUCCAGAAGUUAAGUCAUGUAACAUGACUUUCAAAAUGGUUAAUGAAAGACUAUCAUUUAGAAAUCAGCGUGUACACACUUGUAUGUAUUGUACUGCAGGAUUCACUUUAAAAUCAAAUAUGGAGAGACAUAUCAAAAGAAAACAUCCCGAAUAUGCAAGACCAACACGCAGCAGAAAUUACAUACCUACUUUAACAUCACCAGGUAUUCAUAAACAAAGUGUAUCUACAUUAUCAACAAAAACUAGAAAUGCACUUCGAGAAGUUUUGAGUCACAAAUCACAUAAUCUUCCUAUAAGUCAAAAUGAUAAAACACAAGAAUCACAAGUUAUUACAGACGAAAUAGAAUCAAGGCAAAAUUUGGUAUCUGAAGACAAUCAUUCUACUGAUAUGCCUCAAAUUCAGAAAACUGAAGAAAAUAAUAAUAAUCCAUUUGAUAAGAUCCCUGAUAAGAAAGAUGAUUGCCAUCAAGAUAAUUCAUGUGAUGGUAAACCAGAAAAUGAAACUGCUACUGAUCUUGCAAGUGUCUCUGCUGUAAUUGAUACAGCAAAUUCUCAAGAAUUUAAGCAAUAUCUUUUAGAAGUUCACACUUCUGAGAAAUGUGCAACACCUGAGAGUAGCAAUAAUGAUGAAAUACACCAAGAAGAAGUAAAUUCUGAAGCUUGUUUAUCCCCAGAUAGCAAUAAGAAUGGUGGAUCUGUAAAAAAACGUAGUUCUUACGCAGAUUCACCUAAUAGUGUAACAUGUCCUUUCUGCUCUAGAAAAUUUCCAUGGUCAAGUUCUCUUCGUCGACAUAUUUUAACACAUACUGGCCAGAAACCAUUUAAAUGUCCAAAGUGCCCAAUUUAUUUUACCACAAAAUCAAACUGUGAAAGACAUCUCAUGCGAAAGCAUGGUCACAAUGGUGAAAUAGUUCGAAGUGUGCCUGAGAGACCUUAUAAAUGCAAUUUAUGUUCUAGUAGUACCUUUUCAACUCAAGGAAAUCUUAAAAAACAUUGUUAUGUUAAACAUAAAGUAAAAAAUUGUUCUGAUCAAAAAUUGAAGGAAGGAUCAGAUGGAGAAAGAAGCAGUGAAGAUGGAAAUGAAAUUGAUGAAUAUGAUUUUGGGAUGCAAGAUAACAAAGACAAUAAUUCUGAAGAAAAUAAUUGCUUUUCUCUAGAUUGUCGAUUUUGUGAUCAAUCAUUUACUGUUCUGCAAGAUUUAUUAGCUCAUAUUGCUGAACAUACAGAGGCAAAUCUUGUGUAUAAAUGUCAUUUGUGUGAUGAUUCUUUUACAAAACGGCAUGAUUCAAUUAAUCAUUUAAGAAUUUCUCAUACAUCUGAAUAUGAUUUGCUAGUAAAUAAAGGAGUUAUUAUUGCUGAAAACAAAGACCUGGAAAAUUCAGAUUGCCUUAAUUCUAUUUCAGAUCAGUCAAAUAAUAAUAACAACAAUAACAAUAAUGGAAACAAAGAUGUUUUAGAUUAUAAAGUUUGUAAAGUUGUGUGUAUUAUUUGUUUUAGUAGAUUUUGGUCAAAUGGAGAACUGAGAAGACACAUGAGAAUACAUACAGGAGAACGUCCAUUUUCUUGCAAUAUAUGUCAACGGAUGUUUUCAAUGAAGAACAGUAUGCUUCGCCAUCAGCAUAAGCAUUUCGUUAAUUCAACUCAAUCUAGUACUGAUGAUGAAUGUGUUUCAGAUCAAGCUUUACCAACAUUGUCGCGAUCAAGUCAAAACUCUUUACUGUACUUAAUGUAUGAAGACUUUCCAAAUAAUUCUCGCUGGAACUCAGAAAAUUUGACAGAUUCAACAGCAAUAGUUCCUGUACAAGAAAAAACUAAUCAGAUACAAAGGGAUCAAAGUGAAAAUAAUUCAGGAGAUUUAAUACAAGAUCUUUUAGGUAUAAAUGAUUCAAAAAUAAUGGAUAAAAUAUUAGAUUCAGCUGAUUCUGCUGCUCGCCUGUUAGGAGUUAAUGAAAUAUGUUAAUAUCAAAAUAGAAAAAUUGUUAGUUUAUCUAAAUGUUAAAAUUUGACAAACAUAAAUAUUAUCACUUGAGUACUGAUAAUUUUAAUGUUAGUCAGUAUGUUAAUAAAGAGGGACCAGAACAUUUGAUGAAAAUAUUUGAAAUCCAUUCUCAGGGAUUUCUAAAGUAGCUCAUAUCUAAUAUAACUUGUCAUUGCACUAAUAGUAGAAAUCAUUGUAUCAUUGUAACAUAGAAACUAUAACAAACUACAUUCUAAUAUCUGUAAAUAUAAAGGUUUGUAGUUUACAUAUAAUAAGGCAAUUAUACAUUCAUACAAAUCUUCUCUUAUUUUUAAACAUUUACAUAUAAAUUGUUUCACAUGAUUAUCAUUCCACCAUAUUUUAAAGUUCCACAAAGAGCACUAACAAUUUGCAUUUCAAUCAAAAAAUUCAUUCCUUACAAUCCUUUUUUUUUUAAUUGAUAUAGUUAGAUCAUAAAUGACUUGAAUACAUUGAAAUAUAAUAGUAUUUGCAUUAUCAAAUAUGUCUGCUAGUAUUCAUAUUUCAUAUUUUUUUUCUUUAGUUAGUAUUUGGAUAAAACUAUCAGCUCUUUUUGAAUAAAAUAAGAUUUUUAUUAGUAAUUCUUUUUAAUUAGUUUACUAUUGAUAGAGUAGAUUGAGCAUAGUCUUUCAUUAAAGUUAUAAUGGCUGAAUGCUGUAAAAUGUUACAUUGAUUCUUUUCUGAAAUGAGAAUAAUUAUUUUCAAAGUAAGAAAUAAUUUUUUGGACACAAGAUUGAUAUAAAUUUGAUUAAUAAAUUGCUGUAAUUAAAAAUAUCUAAAGAUCUACAAUUUAAAUAUUUUAAUUGUUUAGAUGUGAUGUAAAGAUAGUGUUGUCAACAACUAUAUGGACCUAUGAUUUACUUUGUAUAAGGUUACUAAUUUUUUAUUUCAAAACGAGUAAAAAAUUUAAAUUGUCUAAGAUAUUAGAAUUUAUUUCAUUAUAUCUUUCAUACAUGUUUUUUAAAAUUGCAGAAAUUUUCGUUAGACUAGACUUGGUGUUCCCUCUUUACUUUAGUGCAGCUAUAGUAUUUCCCAGAAUAAGAAUGGAGCCAAUGUACUGGAUCUUAAAUGUGUAUCACUCUGUUGCCAUAGCAAAGCAACCAAAAUUUUUUGAAACAUAUUUGAAUUUUUGGAAAAGACUGAAAAUUCAAACAUCACAUAAUGUUAAGUUUUUGUUUUCUUAUAAUUUAAAAUUUCCCACAUAAAUGUUGGAAAUUUCAAGUAACUUUCAACAAUUUUAAACUUAU